GUGGGUGGAAAACUGCCCCGCAGCCCUAAAUCGCCUGGUCCAAGCUGGAAGCGAGACUGGUGGGCGACGAGUCUGCUGACUAGUCAUGUGACUUGGCGUCCAAAUUCACACUCCUCCUACUUGACUUCCCCGAAUUGAAGCCGAGGUCCAGCAAGCGGGUCCCAUCAUCCGCCUCGAAACCCGAGCUGGGCUUGCCAACGGUCAAUAGGUAUCUUGCGACAUGUAGUCAAAACAACUUCAAAGCCGACCUACUGAGAUGCUUGAUGAAGAUCAUCCCGUAGAAUAUAUUUUAGACACCGUCGAUACAAUUAUGGCGGCCCAACGGCGACCAAAAGUCAUCCUUUUCGACAUUGGUGGUGUCUGUGUGGUAUCUCCUUUCCAAUCAAUCUUAGAUUAUGAGCUCAGCCUUGGCAUCCCCCCUGGAUGGGUAAACUACUCCAUCUCAAAGACCGCGCCGGAUGGAUUCUGGCACCGUCUCGAAACCGGGAAGAUCCCAAUGGAUGCCGCGUUCUUUUCCGGCUUCAACAGAGACCUCCAUGAUCCUGUACGGUGGGAGGCCUUCUACCAGGCACAGCGGGACAAGAACCCCGACCUUCCGGCCGCCGUCCCUCCGGUUCCGCGGCUCGACGGCGAGUGGAUGUUCUUCGACAUGAUGGCCGCGGCAAGGGCCCCCGACCCGUGGAUGUUCCCGGCCCUGCAGCGCCUGAAGGCCAGCGGCGAGUACAUCGUGGCGGCGCUGAGCAACACCGUCAUCUUCCCGCCCGACCACGAGUACUCGCGGAAGGACUUCCUCGACGACCCCGUGCGGAGCCUGUUCGACGUAUUUGUCUCGUCCGCGCACGUCGGGCUGAGGAAACCAGACCCGAAGAUCUACCAGCUGGCCCUGGAAUUGGUUGACCAGUUUGCCAGGUCCAACUCGGGCACGGAACGGGGAAGGGCGGCCGCGUGGGGCGACGGGGUUAGGGCGGAAGACGUCGUUUUCUUGGAUGACAUCGGGGAGAAUCUAAAGGCCGCGAGUAAGGUCGGGUUCCAGACCAUCAAGGUGCCGCUUGGGAAGGCAUUUGAGGGUGUAGAGCAGCUAGAGAGGGUCACCGGCCUCAAGUUAGCGGGCGGCCACCCUAAGAUCCCUAUAAAGCCCAUGCUAAAGGGCAGCAGUCAAGCAAAGAUAUAGAUAAAUACAGUUUGGUCAAGGUGAUCGGUUGGAGCAGCGUAGCCAAUGAUCACGCCGAUAGGGUGGAGAAUGAAGGCGAGGAUAUCGAUGUACACGAUAGACUGUAUAGAGCUCACAGGAAGAUGUUCAAGAUGGUGUUAUU